GGUAUGUAGCUUCAGCGGUCACAAACAGCAGGAACCUGUGAUGUAGGCGUGGCUAGACCGUAACCCGGAAAAAGCACCGCUCACAACAUCCGGGUCAAUUUGUGACAUUUUUCCAGCUGGCUGGAGAAUACGCCAUUCUUGCUGGCUCUUCUUGCUCUCAGCUGUCCUCAUUUGUGAUAAUCUCUUAAACGGACAUAAGGAUCAGAAUGGAGUCAGAGCCAGUGACAGACCCUCCGCUUGAUGAAGAGAAGAAGUUGCCAGCUGCUGUUCGGGCAAAAAUUGAGCGAAAUAGACAAAGGGCGUUGAUGUUGAGACAAGCCAGAUUAGCCAGAAGACCAUACCCUACUGGUGAAGGGAUUUCUGCUAUGAAGACUCUUCCAAAGAUUGUAGAUUCGGGUGGAGGAUUCUUUAUAGAGGAGGAAGAAACAGUACAGAAAACUGUGGAAAAUGUAGUACAUAAACCUGGUCCAGUACUAGAAUUUGAAUAUCUCAUUUGUGAGGAGUGUGGCAAAGAUUUUAUGGAUUCUUACUUAAGCAAUCACUUUGAUUUAGCUGUUUGUGAUGGAUGCAGAGAUGCAGAAGAAAAACAUAAGCUUAUAACAAGAACUGAAGCCAAGAAAGAGUAUUUACUGAAAGACUGCGAUAUUGAUAAAAGGGAGCCGGUGCUGAAAUAUGUCUUAAAGAAAAACCCUCACAAUUCUCAUUGGGGCGACAUGAAACUUUACUUAAAAUUGCAGAUAGUUAAACGUUCUUUAGAAGUAUGGGGUACUGAAGAAGCUCUAGAAGAAGCAAAAGAAAUUCGACAAGAUAACAGGGAUAAAAUUAAACAGAAAAAAUUUGACAAGAAAGUAAAAGAACUCCGUCGAGCUGUGAGGAGCAGUUUAUGGAAAAAAGAUGCCACUGGCCAUAAACAUGAGUAUGGUCCAGAGGAACAUAUUGAAGAGGAUACAUACAAGAAGACGUGCACAACAUGUGGUCAUGAAUUAAAUUAUGAAAAAAUGUAAAGCUAACUAAAAAUUACUUUUAUACAUCUGAAAUAAAAAAUAUGAACUUGCAAUAUUUUUAAUUGCUGUUUUAAUCCUUUGAGGGAAAACAGGUUUUACAUUUUUAUUUUUUCCUUCUCGCCUUCUAAUAACCUUCCACCUACAGACCCAUUUGAGGACUUGUUUUUUUUCACCACAAGUUGUACUUUGUAAUAAAAUCGCUCAUUUUACCACAAAAUCUAUGGUAUAUUUGUGAAAUAAAACAUACAUCUUUAAAAA